AUGAAGAAGACGCUGGUGCUGUGUUUUAUUCACGGCUUCAAGGGCGGCGAAUCGACCUUUGGGGAUGACUACGAGUUCACCAAGCAUCUUCGCGAUAUUGUUGCGCAAAAACUGCCCAAGAUUGAGGUGCGCGUGCUUGUAUACCCCAGGUAUGAGACGAGAGGCGACUUGGGCGACUGCGUAAGCAGAUUCCGCGACUGGCUGGAAGAAAAAGUCAUCGACAUGGAAGUAGAAUCAGGCACGGCAUCACCAACCGUCGACCCCUCCGUCAGGACCAUCCUCAUCGGCCAUUCGAUGGGCGGCAUCGUCGCCGCAGAGCUUCUCAUCGCGCUGGCGUCCGAAAAGCCAAUCUACUCGGAAGACGGGAUCCAGAAAUCCGACGAGAAACCACCCAGCUUCAACCACCUCAUGUUUCCCUACGUCCAGGGCGUCCUGGCCUUUGACACGCCCUACCUCGGCAUAUCGCCCGGUGUGGUCGCCCACGGCGCAGAGGGCCACUAUCAGACUGCUGCGUCGACAAUCACCCAAAUCAGCGGCUUGAAGACGGCGCUCUGGGGCGCCAACAAGACCAAAGCACCUGUGCCUGCUCCUGCUCCCGCUGGCGCACCCAGCAGCUGGCAGAAAUGGGGAAAAGUAGCCAUGUACGCUGGCGCGGCAGGGGCGGUGGCUGCCGGCGGAGCAGCGGCCUGGAUGAACAGAGACCAGAUCGCCGAGGGAUGGACGUGGGCGUCUUCGCAUCUCGAGUUUGUGGGGUGUCUUGCGAGGGGGGAGGAGUUGAAGAAGCGCGUGGGGUUCAUGGUGCAGCUUCAUGAGGAGUUGGACGUGGGGUAUGCGAAUCUGUAUACGCGGUUGGGACAGGGCGCUGCUUCCAAGAAGAUUAGCAUGGUGGGAACGGUGCUGGGCAAGGAUAGGACGUUUUGCAAUCUGCCCAAGACGAUGAAGGCGGGGGAUUGGAUGGAGGCUGUGAAUGAUAAGGCUGGGGAUGAGACGGUGGCUCACAUGGCCAUGUUUGAGCCGAAAGAGAACCCGGGAUAUGACAAGUUGUGUCACGAUGCAGCUGGUCUGAUUGCCCAGUGGUCACGAAACGAUUGGUAUGAGACUUCGGGAGAGGAGUUGGAGAAACUGGAGGGUGGAGAGGAAGGGAAAGGUAAAGAGCAGGCAGAGCCAGCACCAGGCCAAUAA